UGCCGGAGCGCGGCUCCCCUCAGUGAGUCAAGGCUGCCUGUCCCAGGAGGAGGAGCAGCGCCCGCGCAUGUGAUUUUUCUUUUUUGCCCCAGCAUCACCCCUUCCAGCCGACCCCGGGGGACCUAGCAGCAGCAGCAGCAGGAGGCUCCAGCUCCCCUGCAGGGACUUACCUCCUGGAGAAAGUUUGCUUUUAUUUUAUCCCCCCCCUUUUCCUGACCCCCCGUCCGCUCCCAGGGCAGCGGGCUCCUGCGCCUGCCAACUCCGCAGCUGGCUCGCGCCGGGGGCUCCGGGGGCGCGGGGCGGGCUGGCGAGCGGCGCGUGUCCCACGGGGCUGGGCAGCGGGGGCUGCUCUGCGCGCAGCGAGCGGCUCCCGUCCCGGCUGUGAGUCCCCGCGGGCUGUGUGAGCGGGGCAGCCGCGGGGCGCGUUUGCUGCCUGUGGGGGCGGGAAGCCGUCCACCCCCACCCCGGGCGCACACCGGUUGCACCUGAGCAGCUCUGUUCCCCCCCCCCCCCCAUUGCCGCCGCAGCCCUUCCUCGGGUCUGCCUGCGCGGCCGGGGGAGUGGGCAGAGUGACCAUGCGAGAGAGAGGGAAGGUUUAACCCCUUCGCCUCCCCCCCCCACUCAUGAAUUAACUCCCGAGGGGGGGAGCAGCAGAGCCCGGGGACCAAAGGAGCCGGGCAUCCCUCGUCUGCCUCAGAGGCGAGCCAGCAGCAGCAGCAGCAGCAGCACCCGGCUGGGAGCGAUGCCUCUGAGGCUCGGCUGGCUUUGGUGGGGAGGGCUGCUGUGCAGUUGCUGCUGCUCCCCGCCGCCGUCCGUGCUGCCCCUGCUGCCCGCCGGGGGGGCGCUGCUGGCGGACAGCAGCAGGGAGCAGCCGCAGCCUCCAGACGCCUCCUCGCCUGGAUUCCUCUACCGGCGCCUCAAGUCGCACGAGAAGCGGGAGAUGCAGAAGGAGAUCCUGUCGGUGCUGGGGCUGCCGCACCGGCCCCGGCCGCUGCACGGGCUGCAGCCGCGGCCGCCUCCUCCCCAGCAGCAGCAGCAGCAGCUGCCUCCGCCGGGCAGGCUCAACUCUGCUCCUCUCUUCAUGCUGGAUCUGUACAAUGCCCUGUCCAGCGAGGAGGAGCAGGGGCCGGGGGCAGAGCGCCGCCGCCUGCAGCCCCCCACCGCUCACACCCUGCAGCGCAAGACCCUCAUCCCCCAGCCGGGACCCAGCGGCGGCUCCCCCUCGACCAGCUCGCAGGACAGCGCCUUCCUCAACGACGCGGACAUGGUCAUGAGCUUUGUGAACCUGGUUGAAUAUGACAAGGAGUUCACACCUCACCAACGACACCACAAAGAGUUCAAGUUUAACUUGUCCCAGAUCCCAGAGGGGGAGGCGGUUACUGCUGCGGAAUUCCGAAUCUACAAGGACUGUGUCAUGGGGAGUUUUAAAAAUCAAACCUUUCUUAUCAGCAUCUAUCAAGUCCUGCAAGAACAUCAGAACAGAGAUUCUGAUCUGUUUUUGCUGGAUACCAGAGCAGUGUGGGCCUCAGAAGAAGGCUGGCUGGAGUUUGACAUCACUGCCACCAGUAACAUGUGGGUGAUGAACCCUCAGCACAACAUGGGGCUCCAGCUGAGUGUGGUGACCAGGGAUGAUUACAACAGCAGUGACCUAAAAACAGCUUGCCGAAAGCAUGAACUUUUUGUUAGCUUCCAAGAUUUGGGAUGGCAGGAUUGGAUAAUUGCACCAAAAGGCUAUGCAGCAAACUACUGUGAUGGAGAAUGUUCUUUCCCACUCAAUGCACACAUGAAUGCCACCAAUCAUGCCAUUGUACAAACUUUGGUUCAUCUUAUGAAUCCUGAAUACGUUCCCAAACCCUGUUGUGCACCUACCAAACUAAAUGCCAUAUCAGUUCUUUACUUUGAUGAUAACUCGAAUGUCAUUUUGAAAAAAUAUAGGAAUAUGGUAGUAAGAGCAUGCGGAUGUCACUGACACACAAACAUUUUCACCCAGACCUACUGUGCAAUUCUACCAUGAACUUCUAGAUUAUACCUACCUGACCUUGGAGAAAGUCAACAAAGGCGCAUCAGAGGAAGCAGCAGGGUACUUCUUCAUUGAUAUGUACUCAACUUUGUAAUGGGAACAGGUGCUGGAUUUAAAAAAAAAAAAACAAAAAACUGAUCUACAGCAUGGCAGCCUCUCUGAUCUGCAAAAAUGAACUGUAAGGCUUGCAAAAACGAAAUCCAUCCCUACAAAUUUUGUUAGCUUCAAUCAUUCCCUGUAUGGUAUUAAACUCCCCUGAGAGUAGCAGAAACUUAAAACAGGAGCUUGACCUUGUCAGUUGGUCAGUCUGCACUUCAGUUUUACCAAACCACCAUCUGCUACAUGUAAGCCUUGAAAAAGUGUCUCCUGUAGACAAAAAGCAAAGCUGUAGUAGUAAAAUAUAGAAAUUAUGCUUUUAAUACCUUACCAUCAUGCAUUUUAUGUUGGACAACCCCAAUGUUAGGAAGUGCCUUCUAUUUAAUAGUUGCUACAUCAGUAUGAGUGGCUUCUUCCAGAAGCCAACUUGAUAAAGAGCAACGUCAGUUGUGCCAAAGGAAGCCUUUGACCCUCUGCAUUCUCCAAACACACAUGCUGAACCAUAGACUUGACUAGAUAUUUAACUGCACCAUGUAUUAGUUACAUAAGGACAAAGCCACUCCCUGCCUGGUUUCUUGAGAUGAAUGUUCCAACUAGGCAGUGAAUUUAUAGAUUUGUUCUUGUGCAGCUUCCCACCUUGUUUAGAUUCUAUAACUCCUGCACGAUGCAUCCACUAAGCCUGUUCUGUUUUAUUCCAAACGUUCUUUGCUCCUCAACUGUACCACCACAGAGGCAGCUGCAAUCAGGACAAUUCUACAACUUAAGUUUAUACAGAAAUUUGGAAGCAGCUCCUGUGUUGGAGAGUGGACAUAUUAGUGAAGAUGCAGUUUAUGUAAAACUAUCUGGCCAAAAAGGAAAUCGCAUUUAAGAAGUUGGUUUAAAGGGUAUAUUCACAUUUUAGCCAUAGCUUCUAAUAGAUUAGUUUUAUUCCCAAUGCUAAUAGUAACAAUGAAUUUUCUGAUCAAUGUUAAACUUGUAUUACAUGCACUUACCUCUAACUCUUGCAUUUAAAAAAAGCUUCUUGUAAAUACAAGCUAUAAUUUAUUGCAGUUGUCAUCAUUGUGCUGUAACAUUUAUAGAAAGACUGGGCUUUUUUAAAAAAAGUUUUUAUUUAGAAAGUCUCAGUGUAAACAAUUGUACUACUUUGAUUUUAUACAAGAAACUCAUGAGCCAAAGCUGGGGCUACUCAUGAGAUUGUGCUUCACAAGAGUUUUAAAAAACAUUAAUAAAGGCUUCCUUUAAGGCAGAUGUCUAUACAUUUUAUCUAAUACAUCUGCCAUACAAUAGUUAGCCCUCAUUGUACACUUUCCAUGCUUACCCAAUUUUAGUUUGAACAGAACCUGUGGUCCUUGCCAGAAAGAGUAAGUUACUGAUUUAAAGAGAAUUUUCACUAUUACAUAUGGACACAAAACAACAACUUGACUUAGAGCAAAGUGCUGACAUAUGAAAUUCACAGAGAUGUCAAUGAAUUUUGAUGCAUGAAUGAGGGCAGAAUUUAGCCCUUUAGAAGAAAAGAUCAGCUACAUUAGCAAACUAACGGUGUCUGCAUUGUAAAUUCUUUGGCUUUAAUGUAUUAGAACACCUCACACAAUCAGGUAGGUCAUCAUUCAAGGCAACAAUGUGUAUGGUCCUCCCAUUCAAAGGUAGCAACAGGAACUGAAUUACAGUGGUAUUGAAGAAGAGUUUUGCUUCUCAUUUU